AUCCUGCGGGGGAGGGCUCCCUGCGACGUGCGCGCGCGGCGCCUCCCUGCCGCUGGCGUGCAAGAGCUGCCCGCCGGCGCGGGAAGGGUGCAGCCUAUGGCGCCUUUGCCGAUUCUGGGCUUCCAGCUCUUGCUGAUCUCCCUCUGCUCCAGCGCGGCUGUGGGCGUCAAGAGCUUCACCGUCUGGUCCGAUCCGAUAUUCCUUCAUCGGGGCGAGGUGCACAAUUCGUGGGUGUCGCCCAAGGGGCUCCCCGCCGAGAUAACCAGGAAGUUCGCGAACCGGACGAUGAACCUGAGGAUGAUGCAGCUGGACAUCGUGCGCGUGGACAAUCGCACGGGCGAGGAGACCGUGCUCCCAUUGUACGAGGCGUACAACCACCACCACGCCUUGCUGAUCGGUCCCUCGGAGUCUCUCUGGCAAGUAUACAACUACUCGAAGAUGAGCCCGGGACUCGGACCCCACAGCUCAAGUGGACACAGCGGGCAUGGCGGCUGCAUGAUGCGCGGGCCGGCGGUGAGGGAUUUGCUGGGCGAGGUGAGCCGACAUGUUGCCAAGCCCCUCAGCAGGCUCGCUGUGUUCGGCGGCGCCAGCGGCGCCGAGUUCCGUGGCACCUCCACAGCGAUCCCGGCUCCCUACGCUUACCGAGUCCAGUAUCCUGUUGAGAGCUUCAUGGUGCUUAUGCACUUCAUCAACGUCCGUGGAUUCUCUCCGAAAGCCAAGCUGUGGGAGUGUCCGUGCACGAAGGCCCGGAACAUUAACCUCACCAACAACACCAUCGAUGGCAGGUUGCUUUUGCCAUUUCGGUGCUCCGAGCAGCUUUUGCGCGAGCGCAACACCGCAUGCAGCCUCGCAACUUACCAGGGCGGCUACCGUUGCUGCGACAACGGCGUGUACCUGACAGAGGAGCCUCCACCACCAGCGCCCCCAGAUCAGAUACAGGCAAAGUUCACGUUCGAGUACCUCGAGGACGAUGACGUGGCGCCAGAGAGCGUGCGCCCCCUGACAUCACCGGGCUGCUGCGACGCCACCGCUGACCUGGAGGCGCGACACUUUGGCAACGUCGAGUACGACGUGGCCCAGUGCCAGCCUGGCGUGGCUCCAGAGCUGUGCGUCCACGAGGCCUCGUCGGUGCAGCACUUCGACAUGCCCACGAACGAGAGCGGCCACGACGAGCCCGUCGACCCAGACGAGGAGUUCGAGCUCAUCCAGGCGUGGGGGCACCAGCACGUGGGCGCGCUCGGCAUGGAGCUCUACCGCGACGCCAGCAGCGAGCUCCUCUGCAGGACCU